AUGGGGUUUGAAGCUUUUCCAAUGUUUUUGGCCAUGGCUUUGUGGGCUUCCUUCCCUGCAAAUGGGGUUGUAGACACAGCUGAAAGGGUUGAUGGGCUUGAGCUUCAUUUCUACAGGGAUAGCUGUCCGAGCGCAGAGGUGAUUGUAAAGCAGAAAGCAAGAACAAGUAUGGUGGGCGAUCCUUCCACUGUUGCGGCCCUGUUAAGACUCGCUUUCCAUGACUGUCGAGUUGAUGUAGUUACUGUUGGGCGUUGUGAUGUUUCAGUUCUUCUUGGGGAUUCGAGUAGCCUCACAAAUGAGACAUUAUCUAAGAAGAAUUUCGGAAUCCGGAAACUUGACACCAUUGAUGAGAUAAAGAGCUCCCUCGAGAAUGUGUCCUCAAAGUACAAGGGACCAUAUAUAGAGGUUUUGACGGGUAGAAGAGACACCCUCGCUGCAAGCAAGGAGAGAGCUGAUGAACAGCUUCCUAAAGCUGACAUUUCUGUUGAUGAACUGAUCAAAAUUUUCGGCCAGAAGAAUAUUUUCGAAGAGGGAGUUGCACUCAUAGGCGCUCAUGCUCUAGGCGUAGGCCAUUGCCGGAACUUUGAAAACAGGCUCCGGCCGAGAGCUGACCCUGCAAUAUCACCUUCCCAUGCAUUCGUGUUGAAGACAAUCUACAGCGGUCCUUCUGUGUCAGACAUAGCUUUUGCGACAAAUGAUGCCACUGCAAUAUCAUUCGACAAUCGCUACUUCAUGGACACAUUGAAUGGAAGAGAGUUGCUGAAGUUUGAUUCUGAUAUUUCCAGAGAUCCCAGGACACUUUUGUGA